AUGGCAAACGAAGUUUUAAUGGAACUUUUUGAAUAUUAUGAUUUUUAUUCACUUUUCUUUUCGUUCUCGUCACUCAAUGUUCGCUUCGACGCUCUUCUUGCUCGUUGUCGUGCCAGUAUUGAUCAUGAUCGCCUAGCACCUAAUGCUUUUAUUCAUUUUCUGGCUCGGAUUUUAGAACAAAUCAAUAAUGAUCAUAUUCAAUCAUUUCAUGCUUCAAAUAUUCAUCAAAUGUUUAUUUUGGCUCAUGAUGAUUCUCUAUUUCAUUUUGCUCAUAUUCGGUCACUUCGAUUGUGCAAUAUUCCAUCGAAUAUCAUUCAUAUUAUCGUCGAACGUGUUUAUUUCUAUCAACUCGAGCAUGUUUCACUCGAUCAAAAACCACUCCAGCUUUUUCCUUAUAACUGGUACCCUUCAAAACAUUUUUUGGACUCAAACCGAUAUCCUUGGCUUCGAUCGUACAGCGACUCCCUGAUCUGGCUUAUGGAGGGUACAACUGUGCUAUCAUCACUUGAAUAUAUUCGAAUGGAUGGAUCCAGCAGUUCGGACAGCUAUCUUAGCCUUCUUCGCCGAUCACCACGUUUGAAAUCUUUUCAAGCGAAAUUUUGGCUCGAAUCUUACAAAGAUUCAUCAUCACCGAUCUAUACACACGAUGUCCUUACCAAUUUACAUUUAAUAUUAGGUUGGAAAUUUCAUAUGUCAACAAUCAUAUAUUUGUUUCAGUCAACAACUCGAGUACGUAAACUUACUUUCACGGCAUCCAAAAAUCGUCAUUAUACAGUUGUCGAUCCACAUUGGUGGGAGAGUGUUUUGAGCAA